AUGUCACCGCCCUUCGUACAACGACCAGCCCCCGGCCCUAGCCCGCCGCCUUUGAAGGCUCCAGCAUGGGUCCACGCCGAGUAUGGAACCCUCCCGCCUAAGCAGGACGAACUCCCACUCUAUCUUUGUGUUCUGUACAUCAUCGUCCUGUCGAUAACGGUGUUCAUGCUGGUCAUUGUCAAACGCCGCUACCAGGCAGACUUUACACCCCCAAACACUGCUUUCGAGCCCAUCCUCCCGUACACCAGUCGCAACUCGGAGGAACGGCGACUGCUCUACUUCCAGCAAAGCGUGCUGAAGAAUCUCUAUGGAGACUGGUGGGCUUCCAUCCAGACGGAGCGGAGCAAGCUGAUGGGGUAUAACAGCCCUGCUGUCUGCCCCAUCUGCCUGGAAGUCGUCACCCAGAUGCAACUGAUCUACCUGCUCCCAUGCAGGCAUGUCUUCCACGAUCGCUGUCUGGACGGCUGGGUUAUGAGUGGCAGGAACACAUGCCCGCUGUGUCUGGAUAUCAUGGCGAAGCCCGGGAGGAAAGAGAUUGUGUAA